AAUGGAAAGCAAAACCAUUCCAAGUACAAUGUUGUUUGUUUUACAAAAACACAAGGAAACAAACCACCAAUCAAACCACCACACCACAACUAUGAAACCACCUAUUUUCUUCACUAUGAAACCUUUUCCAGCCACCCCACCACCAAACCACCACCCAGCCUCACUCGCCGGCCCUCGCCGCCCAUUUCCCACCCUUCGCCGCCCAUCCUCUCUCCCCGGAAAGCACUCCCCCUCCCCUGAAAACAUUGACCCACCCGCGAAAAACCCUAAAAACCCCUUCCCCUCCUUGUCAAACCGUCGGCCGCACCUUCCCAACCAUUCGCCGCCCUUCGUCGGCCCUCCUCCGCCCCUCCCCGGCCCCCCACAUCUCUCCCCUCAAGCAAAAACAUCCCUAGCCUAGAAAACCCUAUAAAAUAGCCUCGAAAACUCGUAAAACCCGUCGCCCGACCCUCCUCCACCCUCGAAACCUAGCGCCUAGGGUUUCGAUGGUGGUGGAGGGCCAAACGACCGUUUUACAGUGAGAAAGAAAGCUUUUUUUAGGUUUGUACAGGGAUGGGGAUAGGGUCUCGAGAGUGCGUGGUUUGACGGCGAGAGGAAGGGAGGUGCAACGAGGGGUGGGGUGGCUGGCCGUGGUGCGGGUUUCCGGUGAUUUGGGUAGGUGGGAUGGUGGUGGUAUGGUGGAUAUUAGUGGCUAGGGAAUGGGAAUGGAAAAGUCUAGGGGGUGGGGAAUGAAGUUAGAGGGAUUUGGGAGAAUGAAGAGGGUAAAGGGAGUGAAAGAAAGUGCUUAACAAACAACAACAAAAUGAAUUGAGGGUAGUUGAUUCUCAUUUCCUGUGAUGAUUAACCCUAACCAAACGGUUCCUAAAUGAGUAACAAAAGUCAAAAUGGUGUAACUCAGUGAUAGCAAAAAUCAAAUUUUCCUUGUGUAUAACGACUAUUGAAAAAAAAGAAAAAAAAAAGAAUUAACACAAACACGAAUAGUGAAGGGUCGCACCUUAAUUUGGAUUAAAACAACAAAAUCCGAGAACAGAAAUCAAAAUUCUGGAAAAGAAAAAAUACUACUAAUUCCAUAAAUUGAUGGGAAACUCAGAAGAUGCUAUUUUAUAUCUGCCUUGUUCUCAAAGACCCCUCUUCUCUCUUUCUCUCUCCUCUAUUUUUCUCUUGAUUUAGGAUUCCAGAUUCGAAGACCCCAUUAAAACCACAAAUAACUUUUGAACAAAAAGAAGAUUGGAAAUUUUUAUUGACCCUAAAAGUUUGAUUGGAUUUUGGAGUUGUAUACACAACAUGGGAGAUUCUAGCGAAGUACAAUGUGAAGAAAAUAAAGCACUUCCGGAGAAGAACAAGAGAAGGCGGUUCAAGACACCAUACCAACUACAAGCUUUGGAGGAUUUUUAUAAUGAACAUAAGUACCCAACUGAGUCCAUGAAGGCAGAGCUUGCAGAGAAUAUAGGUCUGACCGAGAAGCAGAUUUCUGGAUGGUUUUGCCACCGCAGAUUGAAGGAUAAGAGAAUCAUAAAUGGUGAGCUAAACCCACCUGGCAGACAGGAACUUUCAAGUGGUGUUAUACAAGAUCGUGGUAGUGGGCUAAAACAGGAUUCAUGCAGUAGUACCAAACAAGGUGAUUAUAGGCUUGCUGAUUUGAGGGAGGUCGAGAGUCGGAGGUUUGGUAACAGUGAUUUUCCCGCCGCCGAGAUAAACUAUGAACAAAGGGUGCUUGAUGAUGGAAUUGAGAUGGAUGAUACAUCUUCAGAAAGUAAUUCAGCUCUGCAGGGUAGCUUUUACCCCCAUAAAAGGAGUUCUUUGGAGGUCGAAGCAACAGAAUAUCGGGCACCAAAUGGAUUUAUAGCUCAAAACAAGAGGCGUGUGGGACCCUCAGGAUACUUGAAAAUCAAGGGUCAGACGGAAAAUGCUGCUGUAACUGCAGUCAAGAGACAACUAGGAAGGCAAUAUCAAGAGGAUGGUCCUCCCCUUGGGAUUGAAUUUGAUCCACUUCCUCCAGGUGCAUUUGAAUCACCAAGCAAGAAUGCUAAUUCUGACGCUUAUGGAGUUUCAGUACCUGUUGGUUCUAGCUCUUUCGACAUUGGUGCCAUUCACAAGCGACCCAGCCUUAGCACAAUACGAAAUCAGGACAAGUUUGUUGCUCCUGCUGAUUACAGAUCCUUGCAUAAGACAGACCCAGACAGUUUCUCUUACCGCCAACCUAAACAGAAGUCAACUUAUCCUAAUCAAGGACGUGUGUUUCCAGCACAUAAAUCAUCUUGUGUGGCUUCCUAUUCUGCUAGAGAAAGCUCAGAUUAUGAUGGCAGUAUGAACAACAGUAUCCUGCGUAAGCAUGGACCAUCGGGUAUGGGAUCUGAUUCCUAUGGCGGAAAAUUUACCAGUGAACCAGAGGAACCCUGGUGGAAUGAUUAUGACAACGGGAAUUCUGUGGCUGUCCGUUCAAGGGAACGAUUAGAUUCCAGGUCUGCUGCACCAAUUAGGAAUAAGGACCCCAUAGAUAAAGAAGACAGAGUACCACCUAGCAGGAUAAUGAAGGGAUGGCAGGAUGAAGAAUUUUAUGCGGAGAGAAGACCGAUAGUCAAUCAUCAUGAUUCAAUCAGAUCAAAAAUGAGUCCAAAUGAGCUUAGGGCUGUCAAAAGAGGGAGAGAAGAGUUGCUGCAGGAAGGUUAUGUUGCUAUGAGACCAUCAUCUCAAGAGCCACCGCAGUGGUCAAGACAGAUUAGAGAACCAAUAGAAAUGCCAUCGAGUUUCAGUGAAGAUGAGACUGCAGAAACUAGCUCCUCUAUGGACUGAGAAUAUGUAUUGUCAAACAUGGUAAAACUUCAGAUCAGGCAUGGCCGAAAAGAAAUUAAAUGCAAGUGAGCUCCAGUUAGGGUUUGAUGAAAGUGUUUGCACCCUCAGAAAGUACAUUGGUGGGUUGUACAGCUGGUUAGAUGGAACAGCAUUGCUCUAUGCCCCCCAUCAAAGUCCAAACCAUGUCACUCUCUUCCUCCCCCUUCUGCUCCUUUAGCGAUGUCCGUUUUGGCAAGAUUGCUUGAUCAACUUUUGUCGUUGAGAUUGAUCACUCAAUCAAUCCUGGCCCUGUCAUAUAUUGUGUAAAUCAUCUGAUUUGUUCUUGUUUAGAAACUAAUUUUGUUAUGCACCUGCAAGUAACGUUGCACGUGCUGUUUUGCCUAUGUCACGGCUUAGGUUUCUUUUGUUACUGUUGAUCAAUCUAUCUGUUUUCCAGUGUAUCUCAUGGGUGCUUUUAAUUUGUUCAUCUAA